AUGGGUGUUAUGGGGAAGAAAUUUCAUUCACUAAAAUGCCAAGUGAGAAUAGUAGAAGCAAGAAACGUAAAGAUCAAGUCACAAGCUAGUACUACUAUGUUUGUGAGAUUCUAUCUUUCUGCAGGACAACACAAAAAGAUCGAAGUAAACACGAGAGAGAUCUGUUCGAAAUCAGACAAGCUCGUUUGGGAUCAAUCUUUUGGUCUCGAGUGUCAAGGGAACGAAGAAGCAAUAGAGGAAUUGAAGCAACAAAGAGUUGUUUUCGAGCUACGGAGGAAGAAAACGUCGUCGUUUCUUAGGAAGUCGUCGAGAUCAGAGGUUGUAGGGAGAGGAGAGGUUUCAUGGGAUUCGGUUUUCGAGUCGCCGGGCAUGGAGAUUGAGAGAUUUGUUGUGAUGGGUGAAUCGAAAGACCGGAUUUUGGAUGACGAAAAGCCUGUUUUGUUGAAGAUAGCUUUACAGGUUCAAGCUUUAGAGAUGGAGAAGAUGAUGUUGAUCAACAAGAAAGAGAAGAGAUUAGAGAAGCUUUGUGUGUGUUGUAGUAGUAGAGAUUGUGGAAGCUGUAAUUGUUUAGAUUACGAAGCUUUUGCUUUAGCUUGUGCUUUAGAUUGUGUUUAA